AUGGGCAAAGAAGAGGAAAAGCAAUCCGCUGGCAGUUGUGGAAACUCGAAAACAAAGAGGAUUCGGAGUGAAACCAGCGGUAUUGAUUGGAUUAGUCUGCUGCCUGACUCUGUUAUCGUUCAAAUUCUUUCUCUACUGACCUUAACCGAUGCAUGCAAAACAUCUAUUCUCUCUAAGCGUUGGCAGUACCUAUGGACUUACAUCGACAAUCUGAAUUUUGACAGCAGGGAUGCCAACAGGUUCAUUUCCUUCACUGACAAUGUAAUGCGUCUCCAUAGAUGCUCUAACAUUAAAGAGUUCAGUCUUGAGUUUGUACUUAACCAGGAUGAUGUGUCUACUAUUUCCAAAAUUGAUAAAUGGCUUGAAAUUGCUGUGAACAAAAAUGUGAAGGAUCUUUAUUUGAAAGUUUGGGUUUCUAAUGAGCAACCUUAUACGUUGCCCCAAGUUCUCUGCAGUAACUCAUCCCUUGUAGGAUUAAAUUGCAAGUAUUGUAAAUUAUCUGAAAAUUGUGUACUCAAUUGGCCAACCCUCAAGAGUUUAACUCUGACUAAUUUGCUUCUGGGGGAUGAAAACAUUAAACAAAUAUCAUCAGGUUGUCCUCAGCUGGAAUCGCUGGAGCUAAGUGAAUUUUGUGGUCUUCAUCAUUUGCAUAUAACUUAUCCAAAAUGCACGAGAUUGCUAUUGAUUGAUCAUAGGCAUCCCUUGAAUGAUUCGGAUCCACUUGACAAUCAUUGCUUCUUCGAUAUUGUUGCUCCAUUUGUUCAGCAUUUAGAGAUAUCUGGGGCUUUCCAUGGUGUGAAAUUUAGACUCCGCGACAUUUCUUCUUUGGUCCAUGCAGAUCUUAAUUUCCAUAAUCACACUUGGGGUGUUACAAAUGAUCUAAUUGACAUCAAAGAUAUCUUAGCAGACGUACGUUAUGCUAGUGAACUAACGGUCCCUUCCUGGUUUAUCGAGGUGAUUUCCAAGUUGAUGUUGGAAAAUGCAGACUUGCCGUUGCCGUUGCUGGAGUGCAAAUGGUUGACAAUAAAUUCGUUUAUUACAAAAUGUUCCUUCCUCAGUAUAGGCAACCUGUUAAGCUCAACUCCGUAUCUGGAGAAUUUGACAUUACUACCUGAACUGGAUUUCCUAGCUGUUAGGAUUAUCCACAAUGAUAUCAAUUUCUUGGGUGAUGACAUUGACGUGUUGGGAAACAAGUUCCUCUCCUUUCAAGGAGACUUAAUCAAAGGUUCCUUAGAGAAACUAAAGAAUUCAAAGGUUAUUUUAGCGUUUUGUGGUGAUGAUAUCUUCAAAGAUGACACAACAGGGCUCACUCAAUUAUUGAAGUCUUUGCUUGAGCAUGCAAGAAAUAUGGUGAAACUGGUUAUAAGCCUAUCUCACUGGAGAAGAUGCAACACCUGUUCAACUAGGAUCUCAAAAAUUAUAGAGAAUUUGUUAGGUUUUCCAGAAGAUUCUAAGUGUGCAUUUGUUAUCAAUCCCUUCUGUGAAGAUUAG